CUGACAGCUGCGAUUGCACAAUAUUAUAUCUAUCGUAUUUUGGUGCAUAUACAGUCUGUAUUUGUAUGUGUACAUGUUUUGCAUUGUUAUAAUCGAAGAAGUAUCAUUGUUCUGGAUUUAACGACGCCGGUUUGAUUCGGCAUCUUUGCAUCUACAGUGAUUGAAAUGUUAUUUGCUAGCUGGCUCACGAAGCAGUUAUGGAUGCAAACAUAAACGGAGACAAUUUGCGCAGUAAAUCCAUCCUGAAUUUUAAUUAAGCAUCACCGUGUUGACUUGAUCGAUUAUGCGGCAUGAAGAUAUUAGGGCGGAUUACUUUUCCUUGCUGCAUUAUCAGGACUAUAGCCUUUCUGCUAAUCCCUGUGUUAUUCUUAUCCAAAAGUCAUGGACAAAUCGAUGCUGCCCUGCAGCCUCGGUUGGAGUACAUGCGAUUUCCUUUUUCGAAUAACGAGGAGGAAGCACGAGGUCCAUUAUUCCCGGUAAUCCUUAACCUGGCUGCAAAUGCACGCGCGACCACCAAUGCGACUUGUGGACUGGAACGACCGGAAGUGUACUGUAAACUGGUGGAACACGUGCUUAUGAAACCACCUCAAUGCGGAAUCUGCGACGCUAACAGCAGUGAUCCCGCACAGCGCCAUACUAUCGAGAAUGCCAUCGACGGUUCACCGCGUUGGUGGCAAAGCCCCAGUGUGGCCAACGGAAAUGUGUACGAAUAUAUCACCAUCACCAUUGAUCUUCGCCAGCGCUAUCAAGUGGCCUACAUCAUUGUCAAAGUGGCCAACUCCCCGCGUCCGGCUGCAUGGGAAUUGGCGCGCUCUUUAGACAACAUAACGUACCAUCCGUGGCAGUACUUUGCGCGUAAUGAUGAAGAAUGCCAGGAACUGUUCGGCGUUCCCGGGACGUCGGGAAGGAAGCGCUUCGACAGUGAUGACCAGGUCAUUUGUUCGACGGACUUCAGUAAAAUUCAUCCGCUGGAAGAUGGAGAAAUUCACACGUCGUUGAUUAAUGAUCGAACGGCAGGAGAUGGAGCGUCCAAAGCACUAACGGAGUUUACGGUAGCUCGUUACGUGCGACUGCGGCUGGUGCGUCUGCACACUCUGACGGCCGAUCUUAUGCGGCAGAUUAAUUCGAAGCGCGUGCUGGAUUCUUCGGAAACUCGACGUUAUUUCUAUUCCAUCAAAGAUAUCUCCAUCGGCGGCCAGUGCAUCUGUUCGGGGCACGCUCGUGAUUGUCCCACCGAUUCCGAAGGCGUGGCUCGUUGUCGGUGCGCUCACAACACAUGCGGAGAGAGUUGCGAGCGCUGCUGUCCGCUCUUCAACCAAAAACCCUGGAAACCCGGCACGGUGGAUGACGCCGCGGUGUGCGAAGGCUGCCAGUGUCACGGGCAUGCCGAUGAAUGUGUGUAUGAUUACGGUGUGGCGCAGUCCCGUCAGAGCCUGAGUAUCACCGGCAAAUAUGAAGGUGGUGGGGUUUGUUUGGAUUGUCAGCAUAAUACCACCGGACUGAAUUGUGAACGAUGUAAGGACGGAUUCUUCCGGCCGCUGGGGGUGGAUAAGUUUAAUCCGAUCGGGUGUUUGCCGUGUGAAUGCGAGACGGCGGGAAUCGGGACGACCGGACAGUGCAUCGCCAACGAAGAGGCCAUGUUUGGCGAUCUGCAGCCGGGAGAUUGUGUCUGUCUGGAAGGCUUCGGAGGACCACGUUGUGACCACUGCGCUCCCGGCUACCGAAAUUAUCCAAGAUGCGAACCAUGUCCAUGCAGUUACGCCGGAAGCAAGAACGGGGAAGCAUGUGGCGACGAAUGCAUCUGCAAGGACAAUGUCGAAGGCAGUCGGUGUGAGCGCUGUAAGGAAGGUUUCUUCAACCUGGAUGCCGCCAAUCCGCAGGGAUGUUCCCCAUGCUUUUGUUUCGGUGUGACGGAUGUGUGUCAGAGUGUAAACGGGAACGUGACCAAAACGGUUACGCUAGACGGAUGGAUUCUUACCGAUAUAACCGGCUCUCGGAUCCUUUACCCAACGUACUUAAAUGGAACACCGGUUAUUGUGGCCGACGAUUCUUAUGAAUUGGAUGUGUUUUACUGGUUAGCUCCGAAGGAAUACCGCGGUAAUCGUUUAGUCAGUUAUGGCGGCAAACUGGACUAUUCCAUCACGUUUAUCAAAGGUCGAGGAGAUCUGACUGGCAGCUAUACCGCCGAUGUGGAUGUUAUCAUGGAAGGCAACGGAAUGCGCAUUGGCAAAGGCGAGCGCUUUUUCCGUGAAUCGACACCACAUCAUCUAUCGGUCCUACUGCAGGAACAAGGGUGGAACCACGUCAGUUUGAAUGGGAUACUGUCGGAAAGUGUGUCGAAGGAGAUUUUCAUGACAGUGUUGGCCAAUGUGGAGAAGUUGAUGAUUCGCGGGACUUACCAUACCAGGCAACUAGAAUCGCGUUUGCUUAUGGUUGCAAUAUCUCAGGCUGACCGGAAUGCACGAGAAGGGCUCCGAUUAACCUCGGUGGAAGAAUGUUCCUGCCCGGCGGGAUACUCCGGUCUGUCCUGUGAGACGUGCACUGCUGGGCAUCGCAGGGUUAAUAGUACGUUGUAUAAUGGCAUCUGUGUGCCAUGUCAGUGCUAUGCUCAUGCUUCUCACUGCGAUCCAUCCUCUGGAGAAUGUCGAGAUUGCCAACAUAACACUACCGGUUUCUUCUGCGAAACUUGUGCCUCUGGUUAUUAUGGAGACGCUCAAAGCGGUGACCCCGAAGCUUGUAAACCAUGCGCUUGUCCUUCAUUAUUAUCCACAAACAACUUUAGUCCCACUUGCAUGACUGGAAAGUCCCUGACACUGCCUGAUGAUUACGUCUGCACGAACUGUCCUUUUGGUUAUGUCGGCGCUAAAUGCGAAAUGUGUGCGGAUGGGUAUUUCGGUAAUCCUCUUGUACCGGGUAACUUUUGCCAGCCUUGUGACUGCAAUGGUAAUAUCGAUUCAGCGGCCUUGGGUAACUGCGAACGAUUAUCCGGAAAAUGUCUAAAAUGCGUCGGCCAUACCGAAGGAUUCAACUGUGAACGGUGUGAGACCGGUUACUACGGGAGUGCUCUACGCCACGACUGCCGGGCUUGCGACUGCAGUCCUAUCGGCUCGGAGCAGACCGAAUGCGACAAAUACUCCGGACAGUGCCAAUGUAAACCUGGGUACGAAGGCCGGAAAUGUGAUCGCUGCGGCCGGGGGUUUGGACGGAUUACCGAAGGAUGCUUGCCGUGCGACUGUGACAUGACAGGCUCCAUUUCCUCCGAAUGUGAUCCCAUCUCCGGGCAAUGUCAGUGUCUGCCGGGUGUCUUUGGCGUUCACUGUCGGCGCUGUCAGGAAGGCUACUAUGGUUUCUCCGCUUCGGGAUGUCGUCCGUGUGGAUGCGAGCAAACCGCGUCGGUCAACCAGACUUGCGAGCAAAUACAUGGACAAUGUCACUGUCAGCCCAACGUUGUGGGCCGUACAUGCAAUCGUUGCGUGGAUGGUUUCUGGGAUAUCACGUCGGGGAAGGGCUGUGUUGGCUGCUCAUGUCACAGCAUGGGAUCCGUCGAUCCAUCGUGCGAUCCCAUUUCCGGGCAAUGUGGGUGCAAAGCGGGGGUUACCGGUCGACGGUGCUCCGAAUGCCAAGUGGGUUAUUAUGGGCUUUCAGCGAAUGGAUGCACGAAAUGCCCGGUGUGCCGUGCGCCGGGCCAAGUCUGCGAUCGGGUCACCGGCGAAUGCGUGUGUCCCCCGCACACGGUGGGUGAGCGGUGUGAACGAUGUGGUCCGUAUAGUUACGACUACCACCCGUUCUUGGGAUGCAAACCAUGCAACUGCAGUUCGGUCGGAGCGAAAUCAAAGGAAUGCGAUGUGGUCACCGGUGAUUGUCAGUGUCUGGGUCGAUACGAGGGCAAACAGUGCGACAAAUGUGAACUGGGAUGGUAUGGAUUCCCGAAAUGUCAAGAGUGCGGGUGUAUAUUAAGCGGAACGGAUAUGGAGAGCUGCCGUGACGGAAAAUGUGGCUGCAAGGAAGAGAAUGGUCAGUGUUCAUGCCGGAAGAAUGUAAUUGGUCGGCAGUGUGAUCAGUGCAAAACCGGAAGCUUCUCACUGAGCAUGGACACACCGGACGGAUGUACAACAUGUUUCUGUUCCGGGAGAACCAAUCGGUGUCAUCAGGCCACAUUGGUGUGGAAAUCCAUUACGCAUUACGGCAACAAACUAGACAUCUCCUUCUCCGAUCAUAUUAAGAACGCUCCGAUGAAUCGUACUUUGGCAAUGGACGUUGUUGGCUUCGAAGCCGCUUCCACACUGCUUUUGCCCAGGCAGUAUCCGCAGACGCCAUGCUACUGGAAUCUUCCACACCAGUUUUUGGGGGAUAAAAUUUUGGCUUAUAAUGGCAAACUGAGGUUUAAGCUUUCCGUGGAAUAUUCCGAAGAAACCCGAAAAACACGCGGCACUUUAUCCGGUUUUCCGUUAGCUCUGCUGCAAGGAAACAAUCGAAUAAUUCUGGAUUAUAAGUCACACCGGGAAAAUGAUCGCGGUUCAUAUGAGAUCCAUUUUCACGAAACCAAAUGGACCAACCGGCAGUCGCCGCAUUUACCCGUUACGCGCGAGUUGUUAAUGGUGGCACUGCAGAAUAUUCAACAUCUGAUUAUCCGUGGCAAUACAAUGCCGUUUCCGGUCCAUAUGGAAAUCCGGGACGUGGAAAUGGAAGUAGCCAGUCCGAGAAACGGACCGAACGAUAACGGCCGAAUGGCUCUCGGGGUGGAAAUGUGCCAGUGUCCAUUAGGAUACAAUGGGACAUCCUGUCAGUCGCCGGCGUUGGGAUAUUUCCGUAAAUACGCCUUGGACUUCUUGGAUCAUCCGGACCACUUGAAGCUGUUAGGAGAAGCUGCCAAAUGUAUGUGCUGGAAUCAUUCCGACCAGUGUAAUAUCGAGAACGGACGAUGCAUCAAAUGCCAACGUCAUACCGCGGGUGACCAUUGCGAGCGUUGUGCGAAGGGUUAUUAUGGCGAUCCCAAGCGUUCCGGUUCCGAACCCUGCAAGCGCUGUGCAUGUCCCUCGUUGGAACAUAAUUACAGCGAGUCGUGUACGUUAUUCCGAAAUGGUGAUGCCGACGACUAUCUGUGUGACCGGUGUCAAGUGGGUUUCGCGGGCGACAAAUGUGACACUUGCGAGCGCGGAUUUUAUGGGAAUCCAAAAGAGGGCGUUCCAUGUACGCCAUGUCAUUGUAAUCUGUUUGGAGCACUGAAUGGACACUGUCAUCCUGUAUCCGGACAGUGUCAAUGUCGCGGUGGACUGCAGGGACGAGAUUGUGGAAAGUGUCAAGCAGGUCACGUUAUAACUUCCGCUGGAUGCAUCAAUUGUAUGCAUGAUUCCUGCAUUAAAACCAUGAUGGAGGAAUUUGGGAACAUGGAUUACAAUUUAGAGAUAGCGAAUUCCACUGACUUUAGCCGCGCGCCACUAAUUCGUUUGGCCCGGCUUCAGGAUCGCCAUGACCAGCUUGAUAUUUUUGUGAAGAGCAGCUUGAGUCCCGAUGGCAGUCUGACAUCCUCAUUUCCUCAACUGGAACUGCAGUUCGACCUAGAACGGGAUAUUCGUCGCGUUAUGCUUAUGGCCAACAAGUCGGCAAGCGAGGCCAUCCAGGCGAAGAGCGCUGGUCGCCAGGCUAAUAAAAAUAUUGAAACCGUGUGUAUGGAUGUUCCGCUCAUAGAGCAAAAAAUCCGCCAGUUAGCUAGUACUUUGUUGGAUUACGUUCGAAGCGAAGACUCCCAGGGUAGCUUGAAUGUGGAGGUGAUCGUAAUGGAGGCGGAAAACAUUCUCGCAAAUUUGGCAAACGAUACGUACAAGUUCAACAACGUCUCUGCAGUAGGAAACUGGAGCGUCCUUCAAGCGACUUUGUCAGAAAUCGAAGCAUUGGAAAGCGGCGGUGAGCUCGUUCAUGCGGCUCGUCGCAGUUUUCAGGAGAUCCGACGCAAGCUAGAACAACUGGACAAGUUUCUGACUGAAGACACCGAAACCGCCAUCCGCGUUGCCCGGAGAAUGUCCGCUACAAAUGCACGCAAAAUCGCCAAUAUUAACAAAAAUAGUCAGUCUUUCAAGGCGGUCAACAGCUCUCUUGCCGGUGUGCUGGAGCAAAGCAUUCGGAAAAAACAGGAAGCUUCAAAUAAUUAUCGCAAUGCCACGCGCACGUUUGAGUCACUACUCCUGUGGGACGAGACUACCCUCAAUUAUUCCUUUCCUGAAACAUUCUUCGGGGCAAAUCAGCUGUCCAUUUUGUCUGUCGUCAUUCGUAAUGAUGCUCGCACAAGGAUAAAAGAUUUCCGGCUGGCAUUGGAAAAAAUGAACAACAAUUCCGGUAUAUUGGCUCUUCUGAAUCCCGAGUACAAAGAAUCGCUAGUGGGCCCGGCAUUACAGCACUCAGAAAUGUUGGUCGACAAGGCCGACAUGUUAGCCAGCUUAUUCGAGGAAUCAAAAGAAGCAACGAAAAAUCCCAUUCGUGCGGCCAGCGUGUACGCCACAAUCAUUAACAAUAUCCGCCAAGCACAGAAUGACACUGCGGAAGCCCAGUUAAACGCCGACCAAGUACAGGCUGUUGUCUUUCCCGAUGACGAACGGGAACUGGGGGUCACUGCGCACCAGAUGAUAAAUCAGAGCCAGGAGCUGGAGGAAACGGCCAGGGAACUGCUAGAAGAUAGUGUGUCAUCUUUAGCUGAACAGUUGGACGAGGAACUCGGUCGACUGGAUGGAGUCAACGCCAGUAAUUUACGAACAGCACUGGAAAUGGAUAAGAUCGGCGAUCGUCUGUUUAACCUUCCAAUGCUGGGUGAUGAGAUCGCGCAAUUAGCCGACAACAUUUCCGAUCUAUCGGAAGCAGCCAAUAAGCUACUGGAGCGCGCCGAUGCUGUUGGAACCGAUGUAAAUGUGCAUCUACGACCGCGGUUUGACCAAAAAGGCAUAGAUCCUGUGUCGCUGAAUCGCACAGCAAAAAUCGUGAAAGAGGUCGGUUCUAAUGUGGACUAUCUCAGUCGUAACACGACGCUGCUGGAGGGGAUGACCAAAACUCUGGACAGUCUUCACCGUGACAUGGCCGGCAAAAUUCAACGACUACGUAAUCUUAUUCUGUCGACAAAACAGGCAGCUUCCAGUCUGCAGAUCUCUUUGAGCCACGAUGCCAACGGGAUGUGUCGACGUUCAUACGAGCCACCCAUUAUUCCCAGCUCAGCUAAUACGAUCACAUUAACGUAUUCCACAUCUGUACCGGAAAGAAAUGCGUUACUGAUGUACAUUGGCAAUCCUAAGAGUUUAGCUCUGGAACCAGAUUUCAUGGCGGUUGAGGUUUUUGAACGGCGAGUGCGUUUCGUAUGGAAUGUGGGGAACGACACAAAAGUCAUUCAGCAUCCACCUGACCAGCGCAGUGCUACAGAAAGUUCAUUGUUGCAAAAAGAUGUGUGGUACAAGAUUGAAAUCAUACGAGUUAAAAAUACAGCACAGCUGAGUGUGGUGCCAAUGUCCGAAACCCAACAAUCGUCGCCAUUGCUGAUUAAUGGGAGCUCUGCUGCUGGCUUUACUCGAAUGGACUUGAAUCGAUCUUCGGAAAUGUUUGUUGGUGGUUUGCCUAACAGCGUUGACGUUCCAGAAAUUUUAUCUCGGGAGUUCUAUGGUUGCCUGGGUGGUAUUGCGAUUGAUGGUCAACAAAUUGGUUUAUGGAAUUUCAAGCACACACAAGGCUGUACAGGUUGUGUGACCAGCGCAUCGGAAGGCGGUGGGGAAGUCGGCGCGUACACCUUUAACGGAGGGGGCUACGCCAGCGUUCCGCAGAUUCGCCGCUACAACAACAAACGUUACAGUAUUUUCUUGACAUUCCGCACUUUUGACGAGAACGCACUGCUGUUCCUUUGUGCCAAUGACAAAGAACCGAUGGGAGAUUUUAUCAGUUUGGAACUGCGCGACGGAAAAGUCGUAUUCCAGUUCUAUCUAGGCGGAAAUAACCAUCUUCUUGUGAGCACCAACCGUCGCUUUAAUACCGGUAAUUUCGUCAACGUUCGUGCCGAGCGCCACGAGUUCCUGGCUGAUCUGCGGGUUGAUGACGACCACAUCAAAGCCAGUCUGCCCCAGGUCAAACCCGAUGGACUGGAAUUGGCCAACCGUCCUGUAUAUUUCGGCGGUGUACCGCCAGGGUUUGUAUUCCAAACGCGCUACAAUAUUUCCCAUAAACCAUUUAUCGGCUGCAUGAAGGACAUUCAAAUUGAUGUGUCGACGGUUGAUCUGCUGUCGCGUCGAGUGUACCAUGUCGAUUUGGAACAGGGGUGUCGUAAUCGGGCGAUUCGGGAUGUCAGUUUCAGCAACAGUGCCGGUUACUUAAAACUACCUGGAAAAACGUUACCGGCUAAUGCGAGCAUCAGUUUCUCCUUUGCCACUGGUCAAGCUGAUGGAUUACUCAUUGCGUCAGUCAGCAAAAAUUAUAAACGUGACCAUAAUUACUGGACCGCGUCCAUUCAAGGCGGACGGAUUGUAUUGACCUUCAGUAGCGGUUCGGCGGCAAAGCUGAAGGUGAUCAUCGACAAAAGCUUCUACGAUGACCGGGUGCUGCACACCGUGUCCAUACGUAAACGUAAGAAAAAGAUUGAAAUCAGCGUGGACGAUCAAGUGGUCCAGGAGGAAAAGGUGCAGAUUCAGGGCACCGAUAUUAUCUCCGAUAUUAUAUACGUCGGAGGAGUUCCGUCGGAUGUGGAUCUGUCGAGUAUCGCGGCGUCGGCGCGUUCCUUUGUCGGCUGCAUCACCGGGUUGAUUAUCAGCGGAGAAUUGAUUGGGUUCGAGCAACUGCAAGCAUUUGACCGUGCCGCGAUUGGACGGUGCGAAUUUGAGGCAGCAGUGCCGUCGACUGCUGAACCCUUGCUGACUGAACCGCUUCCGUCUGCCAUGGCGUUAUCUCGUCAUCCUAGGAACUGUGCUCCGUCGCCAAAAUUGAUUAAAACACCGGUGGAAUGGAAUGCAGUCAGUUUCGGAGCCACAAAAAACAGCCACGUGCAGAUGUUUUUACAACGAAAGGAUGUAAAGUUGUUUAAUUUUACCGGUUCGUUCCGCAAUUUUCAUCCAAAUGGGGUUAUCCUCUAUGCCGACAACCCAACGGGAAAGGAAACUCUGUUAUUAGCUCUUCGCGGUGGCCGUAUGGUUUUAGCGGUUAAUGAUGAGUAUUUUCAGGAAGCGAUUAGUCAAGGCGAUUUGUCCGAUGGGCAGUGGCACACUUUCCAUGUAGAACGCAAAUCCAGGCGCAUUAUUCUUAGCGUAGACGAUGGCCGAUCAGAGUUUGUGAAGCUGUCCAAGCGUUUUGUCGUCAGUGUACCGUUCUACAUCGGAGGUCUGGAUGAGAAAGUGAUCACCAGUACCACUAUGGAUCGUGGAGGAUUUCAGGGCUGUCUGGGUAAUCUGACAUGGAAUGGACGGAGUGUGAAUCUGUUCCAGGAGAAAGCAUUGCGAGGACUGGGAGAAUGCUAUCUUAAUGUGCAAGCCGCCGCGUAUUUCGAAGGCAAUGGAUAUGCCACACUCUCGGAUAAUUUCCGAGCCAAUAAUCGACUGUUAAUCGAAAUGGAAUUCCGCACCAAUGCGAUGAGCGGAGAAUUACUGCUAUUCUAUGAUCCAAUCCAACGGCUCUAUGUGCAGUUGAAAUUUAUUGACUCACAGGUUAUCUUAAAUAUGUCCUCUCCUGCCGAUUCCUUUCAUGCAAUGAAAGCGUUCCCUAUAACCGGAGAUCGUGGAGCUGGUUUAUGCGAUGGACAGUGGCAUCGUCUGCAGGCGCUUUAUUUGCAAAACAUUAUCACCAUCGACGUGGAUGACUCGCAGCAUGAAUAUGCGUAUUCGCGGGCCCAGACACCGCUCUUACUCCCGGAUAAUGUACCGCUAUAUAUCGGUGGCCGGCCGGCUUCCGUUCCGGCGCAUAUCAUUCCGAAAGUAGCUAAUUUUGUCGGAUGCAUUCGGCGCUUGUCACUAAACAAUGUAGCGUAUGGUUUUCAUCAGAUGGUGACUCUCAACCAUGUCUUGCUCGAUUCGUGCCCUUUUUCGUGAAAUUCUUCUGCUUCUAUUUACACGUGAUGUGACUUUCACUGCCAACUAAACUCUGUCUUAAUUGAUACCUGU